AUGUUCGAGGACUGCGUGAAGUCCGCCGAGGACCAGUACGUGUUCUGCGAGGACGAGGGCCCGUGGGCCGUGGUGCUGGAGUCCCUGGCGGCCCUGGGCAUCACGGCGACCCUGCUGCUGCUGCUGGCGGCGCUCUUCCUCCUGCGGCGCGUGCGGGACUGCGCCCACUGGAACGCGCUGCCCACGCUGCUGCUCUUCCUGCUGGGCGUGCUGGGGCUCUUCGGCCUGGCCUUCGCCUUCGUGCUGCCCCUGAGCCACGGCACGGCGCCCGCGCGCUUCUUCCUCUUCGGGGUGCUCUUCGCCCUGUGCUUCUCCUGCCUGCUGGCCCACGCCUCGCACCUGACGCGGCUGGCCCGGGGCUGCGGGCCGCUGUCGUGGCCCACGGUGCUGGGCCUGGCCGCGGGGCUGAGCCUGCCGCAGGCCGUGCUGGCCGCGGAGUACGUGACCCUGGUGAUGACCCGGGGCCCCACCUUCGCGCGCCUGACGCCGCACCAGCUCAACGUGGACUUCGUGGCGCUCACCAUCUACGUCAUGGCGCUCCUGGCGCUGACGCUCGUCGUGUCCAAGGCGGCGGCGCACGGGCCCUGCGCGCGCUGGCGCCGGCCCGGCUGGCUCGUCUUCGCCGCGGCGCUGGCGUCCGCCGUCCUCUGGGCCGCGUGGAUCGGCAUGCUCACCUGCGGGAACCCCCGGCUGCAGCGGCAGCCCCAGUGGGACGACGCCGUCAUCUGCAUCGGCCUGGUGGCCAACGCCUGGGCCUUCCUGCUCAUCUACGUCCUCCCCCAGCUCUGCCUCCUCUACCGGGCCUACCGCCAGGACUGCCCCGCGCCCGGCCACGCCUGCCCGGCCCCCGUCUACCAGCGCGGCCUGCGGAUGGACAACCAAGAGCUAUCCCGAGCCCGAGACAGUGAAGGAGCUGAGGAGGAUGUAGACUUAACCCCCCAUGGCGUUCCCCCUUCAGCCGCAGACUGCUGA